GCUACCCGAGAUGCUCCGCGCACCGUCAGUCCACGCUGGAUUCCCGCGCCGUUCGGUUCGUGGUGUAGUGCCUGUGCAAGGUUCGAAUUUGACAAGUCUUAUCGCAAUUUUCGAAUCGUUUUUUCCUUAUUUUCUCUGCUAUUACGAUUAAUACUCCGAUUAUUCUCGAUUACGUAAUUCUUUUCAACACGUCUCGCGAGAUUGAGAUCGUAAAGGUUAGCGAUAGACAAUCGAAAGGGCAAAGGCGGUUAAGGGAACACAAUGCCAGCGGAUGCGGAACUCAGUAAUCUGCUUAGCAGGAGGCAAAGGAUCAACGAAGAGCUCGAGGAAGGGAAAGAAGUGAAAAAGCAGUACAAAUUCGUUAACGUUUACACCGAAUUCCACGAGCUGUCUCGUCGGGAGAUCAAGCAGUACGAGCAGACCUUCAACAGAUUCGAUGCUGGCCACGAUGGAUUUCUGGAUUUAGCCGAGCUGAAACGUAUGAUGGAGGUUCUAGGAGCACCGCAAACUCACCUCGGUUUGAAGGCGAUGAUACAGGAAGUGGACGAGGACGGCGAUGGACGGAUUUCCUUCCGCGAGUUUCUGUUGAUCUAUCGCAAAGCACGUGCCGGUGAACUGGAACAGGAUUCCGGAUUGGGCCAGCUGGCUCGUCUCACCGAAGUCGACGUGGACGAAGUAGGAGUCACUGGAGCCAAGCACUUUUUCGAAGCGAAGAUCGAGCAACUACGGAAGACGAGCAAAUUCGAGGACGAAAUCCGUAUGGAACAGGAGGAACGAAAACGAGAAGAGGAAGAUAGAGCGGCGAGGCGAGCGCAGUUCAGACAAAAAGCUGCUCUGUUUGGCAAUUGAAAAGAAAAUUCACGGAUCGAGAAAGUGCCGAGCCACUUCUGCACCUCAAUGGAAUUACAAACGGUUGCCUUAAUCCGAUUCACCUGUUUCGUAAUGCGAUACGUCGAUCAACAUUGUCUCAUUAGAUCGGCUUUAGCGAUCGUUGCAGCAUUAGAGAGCGUUGAUUCUUGGCAAGGGAGGAGAACUAUUGUUUCUAAGCUUUUAUCGAUUUUCAUCUUUUAGAGGAAUUGUUUUUUUAUACGCACUUCGAGUACUGUGACCAAUAGUGACAUUAGUUUUAGGAUUGAGAUUAUUUUGUAAGUUCUUUUUGGUAUGAUAAGUAUUAAGGAACUUUUAUAUACAGAAAAAAUAAUUGUGUAAAAGUAUCAGCCUUUUAAUUCUUUCGGCAGGUUCAAUUAUGCUUUUGGAAUUUUUAAAAGCAUAAUUGAUCAUUUAGACGAUAUUUCUUUAGGUUUCGUACAAUUAGAUUCUUUUGGAUACGUAUAACGAAUGAAUAGAAUAGGAGAUUUUAACGAACGCACGACUGAUAUUCUAAAUGUAACAUGUACAUGUGUGUAUAAUAAUUUAUAUGCUAAUUUCAAUUUUAAUUGUAAAGGUCGACGCACUGUUGAGAAAAAAAAGAUAAACAUUUUGCAACACGUUCUUGAUGGGGAGAUUUUAGAUGAUUUUAUCGUUGCUUAUUUAUAUCUGCAUCACUUUACUUUCAAAAUGAAAAAAAGGAAUUUUUAUCAAAGAUAGGAUUGAUGAAUGUAUUUUCAGUCAUUAUGUAUAUGUUUUUAAUGGUAUCUCAUUUUAUAUCAAUUUAAAAUAAGUAAAACUUGAUCUUUAUUUAAAAAGGAUAAAUUUUAAGAAAUACGUUUUGAAAUAAAAUCAAGUCCACUGGUCAGUGUUGCGAAUUGUACAUAUAAAAUAUAAGAGACAAUAGAUAUGACUUAAAUAAGCCUAUAAAAUUAGAUUGUAAAUAAAUCUUUUUGUUCCAACAAUUGUUUACACAAUUUAUUGAUUCAUAAGAUAGUUACUAUAGUAGUGUACUUUAUAUUGUGAUAAAACUUGCACUACGUUAACGUUAUACUUGCAUAUUGCAAAUUGAUGUAAAAUAAAAACCUGAUUUAUGAAAGCAACGGUAUACGCAUAUAAUAUAUAGUUUUUACAUUUCCAUAUUAUAAAAUGUCAACAUAGAUUCAAACAUAGAAAAUAUUCAAUUGUAGCGCUCGAUCCUGUUCUUUUCUUCCUUCAGUUUCACCAACUUCAUGGAUAUUAUUCACUAUAAGCAUAUUUAAUGAAAGAUAAUAAUAAAUUCGAAACGUUAUACAAUGUGUAAUCUUUGAAUGAUAGAUAAUUGUAGAAAUAAUUAUUUACAAUAUGAUACAAUUAUUAAUCCAUGAUAAGAUAAGCUGUUUCACAUAUUUUAUUGUGUGUAUACCAACGUGAUUUUGAUACUGAUACCUCAAAACAGUUUUUUUUGAAUAAUCUAUUUUUGUUAGAUCGCAUAUUUUGAAAAUUUUACUAAUAAUAAAUGUGAAACUGAAGGAAACAAUUCACUUUUAUUGUGAAAAAACAGUGAAUAAAUAACCUUAUUCAGUUUUGAAACAAUAUCCUCAAGCGUAUAUGAAAUAAAAUUAUAUUUUAGUUAUCAUUUUUAAACAUGCAUGUUAUCAUGAAUUUUGAAGAUUGUUGAACUAUUUGCACAUCUUAUCAAAGUUUGAUUCUUAUCUUGUUUUCAAAGUGGAUAAUAUAUGUAUAUAGAUAUAUAGAAUAUAUAUUAUUCAUUGCAGUUUGAUAACAGUGUCUGGAAACGACUUUUGGAAUAAUUAUUUCUCUCUGAAAUGGCUUCAAAUCAG